UUUCGAAUAGUUGAUGUCCUUAUCGAUGUAGUCUACGAAGUGUGAGGACCAGAACUGCUCAUAGGACUGCCGGGGGAUGCUGACCAGGCUGCUGCAGUAACGUUUAAUUUUGUACUAAAAUGAGUCGAGAUUUCCCCAUCCACAACUGGCCUGGCUCCUACUACAUCAACAGUGAGAAGAGGUGGGAGACCGGCACCCUGUCCCUCACCAGAACCACGGUGCGCUUCGUCUCCAGCCAGAACGGGGAGAAUCUGGCUAGUUUCCGUCUGUCCCGGAUCACGGAAAUCAAGAUGGAAUCUUCCAGCUUCAUCUUCAGCACCCUUACAGUGCUGGAGGAAGGCAACACCAAGCACUGGUUUGGUUCCCUACAGCCCAACAGGGUUGUAGUCUAUAACGUGUUGGUGCAUUUCUGGAGGGAGCGCCUGCUGUCGCCUGGCUCUGAGAGCCAAGGGGCUGAACCCCAUCCCACUAAAGGCAGAGAGCUCAUCAGUCUGAUGGCCGGGGCUCAAAGAAGACUGGAGGACACGGGUCAAGUCCUCAGCCAUCAGGGAGAGCAGUUUGACAGCAUGAUGCAGGGGCUGGAGAAGAUUGACUCGGACUUAGGAGUGGCUGAUAAACUCCUCUCACAACUCGAGGUGCCCUCGUGGUGGCCUUUCGGAAAGCUUCCCUGGAAGGCCGCACAGGAGGCCAAGGCUGAAGAUGCUGCAAGAGCAGCAGCUGUGGCGUCCUCAAGCGGGACGUCGACCAAGAACAAGGUGAUCGCGAGCAUCCCGGCAGUGGUGUCCAGAGGCGGAGAUUCGGACUUCAAACCUGGAUGUUUGCUGGUGCUGGUGUCCUCCAUGGAGGUACGGGACACCAACUGCCACCUCCUUCACCGAUAUGAACGGAACGAAGUUGAUGAAAUCAAGGUGUACAGUCCAUAUGAGAUUACUGUUCGACAACGGUUCAUCGGAAAACCAGAUAUAUGUCACCGGUUCCUUUCUGCUAAAAUGCCAGAAGCAAUGUCCGUGUUGGAGAUGCAGUACAAGAAAAAGGUUGAAUUCACAAAAGAAUACACAUCAUUCAAAGCAACUCCUCUGUCAUCUCCAUGCGAUAAAGAAGGGACAAGCUUGAAUGACGUUUUUCUGCAGAGGUGCCAAGAGACUGAGGUCCCAGUGGAGGUCCCAGCAGGAGAGCUGUCCCAAUUGCAGGUGCAUGUUCUCCAGCCAUCUGUGAGUCAGGCUGAGGCCCAAGAACUCAAGCAGAUGCUGCUGCAACUGAAGAACCUCGCGCUGGAAGCCGAGUCGGAGCUGGAGCGACAGGAUGAAGUCCUGGACGUUCUGACCAGCUCAACAGACCGAGCCGCCAUGCAGAUCGGGAAACACACGAGUCGUAUGAGGAGGCUGCUGUAGCCCCGGUGUUCAGAAAGGUUCGGUUCCAUCGUUGUCCAUGUAGGGGGAAGACGCCAGAAGGAGCUGCGACCAGUCAGGAUUUAGGAGUCCAGCUCCCAGGCCUUCCCUCUCAGCCUGUUUGAUCAGAGAUGGCGCUCCGGCGUCAUGUGUCCCGAAUCUUCUUUGGGCCGUUUAUCCUUCGGCUGUUGCACGUCUCCAUAUAACCUCUUGCAAUGUGAAAAAGUCCAAUAAAGCUGACAACUGUAAGUGUGCAAUACAUCACUAGGAGUUGUGAAAACAGAGCAGUAAACACUCCGUUAUAUUUAGAAAUACUACAAAGCUUGACUCGCUAAACUUUUAUCCUGUGUGUCUCCAUGUAAAUGCCUGACAAUCCUUUUAAAUCUUUCAUUUUAUUGUGUUUCUUUAUCACUGCAAGCUUGUUAUUUGUAGGAAUUAUCAACGGUUUGAGAAUAGGCAUGAUUAAGACUACAUUAGAGAACUGUUGCAUUAGAUUGAUACAUUUGUACCAUCAAACUAUACAUCACUAUGUGAAUAUUUCACCACAACAUCCUAGAUGUAAGUAAGAACUUUAAUCACCUGUAUCCAUUUGUGGAUUUUGACUGCUGUAUAAAUAAUUCUUGAUUAGAAAUGAGGUCAUUAACAUCAGAAAAUUGAACGUGCAAUCAAAUCUGAAAUAUUUAACAACUUUUUUUUUCUUUAACACAUUGUUAAACAAUGCUCAGAUUAACUAAUUUCCAUUACUUCACUCUCUAGAACUGCUUUGCUCAUUUCUGUUGGCCUCAACUAGACUUGCAGCAAAACAUAAACACUUAAUGGUGCCACUUAUCAAACAGAGCAGUCAGAAAUGAAAUGGAGGAAAGUGGUGGUUGUUAGUCUUUUGUUUGGCGAGAUCAUAAACGUCUUUAAAGUCAUCUAUUGAUCUAUUUUUAAAGUGGUCUUUUAAUUAGGAUUACACUGUUUUCAGCCAAAAACCUGUUUUCCUCCACCUCUGCUGGAAAUCAUCUUUUCUGGGUUUUUAAAAUGUUCUUGUGGCAUUUUUCUGACGAAGGAGAAAACAUGAAGAAAAUUAAGCUAAAAAGGGCUUUUCUGAGUAUUUACGUCUUUCAAAUUGUUGUGUAUCAGGAGCAGACAAAAAAAUGCAAUUUGAAAAGAAUAAGAAAUUAGCUUUGUUAUGUAGACAAUACGGGGGGGGGGUCAUGAGCUCCCUGCUCUGCUCCAUUCUCAUCUAGACUAGAUCCAUGCACGUCUGAAUCUAUGUCCUAUAAACCAUACUUUUGAUUUUGGCCAAAAACGGCAUAAUCAUAAUUAAAAGACCACUGACCACUCAAAAGAGUAUUUGAGUGCACCAUCAAUAAAGUAAUUGGUUUUAUGUCGGUUGGUGUUUUUGUUGUUCUUUUUGUCAGGGGGGAUUUCUGUCCAAAUAGUAAUCCUUUUUGACCCGAGUAAAAUAAUUUAAACCAAAGGAAAGAUUUUUUUUUCCCUUAAAACCUGAUUUUAUUUUAUUUCUAACCUCCACUCCUCAACAAAAGGCGUCAAAGUCUAUUUCCAUUAGACAAAUUACAUCAGAGAAAACCCGAACAUGUGCAAAGUAAAAAAAAAAAA